AAGUUUUUUUGAAUAUCAUGACACAGAAAAUCUGUCUAAAACAAAAAGAUGGGUUCCACAACCGUAUGCCACGCCAUGCAAUGCACAUCAUAGCAUUCCCCCUCGUAGGCCAUAACCAAAGCAUAGAUGGAAAAAAGCUACUCUCAUCACUCACCAGUCAUCAAACAUUCACACUCUCUCUAUUUCCCUUUAAAUUUUUCACUUUACUCACUUUGUCAUAACCAGAAGAAGAUGAAAAAGAAUGGCUUAAAGAGCUAGAACUACAAGACUUAAUGGAACCAUUUUGAUUCAUAUACUGAAAUCCGGAUCCCUAUUCAAUCACAUUGCCAGUGCAUUUGAGACCACAUUUAGAGCACAAUUCUCCACAAUAUUGAAGAUCACGACACAACUGUGAUCGCAACUGCGAUUGCUACUGCAACCAUGAUUUAAAACACGGUAGUACCAUCUUUUUGUUUCCUCCCCCACCACUCAUUAUUUUUUCUUGCACUUAAAACUUUCUUAUAUUUGUUGUAACAAAAGUUUGUUGUUGAUGAUGUAGUUUGGUUUAUGCUUUAUUGGGACCUACCAACACUUUCCUACCAAGUGCAUGAAAAUGGAAAUAGCAAUGUUCAUGAGAACCUUUUCUAAAGACUUUCCUACAUUCCACAUAUCAAUCUAACAAUGCAAGAUCAAUUCAUCAUCAUCCUAUGUUUGUUUCUUGUUCUUUUCAAUCCUUUCCUAGUGAUCUCACUAUACCAACCUUUCAAUGAAGACAUGUUAGGGUUGAUUGUGUUCAAAGCAGGUUUAGAAGAUCCAAAAAACAAACUUUCUUCUUGGAAUGAAGAUGAUUAUAGUCCUUGCAAUUGGGAAGGUGUCAAAUGUGACCCCACAACAAAUAGGGUAGCUUCUCUUGUUCUUGAUGGAUUCUCUCUUUCAGGACAUAUUGGUAAAAGCCUUAUGAAAUUACAGUUCCUUCAAAUUCUAUCACUUUCCAAGAACAAUUUCACAGGGGAAAUAAACCAUGAUCUUCUUGUUACUCUUUGGAAUCUAAAAGUUGUUGAUUUGAGUGAAAAUAGUUUGUUCGGAACAAUUCCGGAUGAACUUUUUCGACAAUGUUGGUCGUUAAGAGUUUUAUCUCUCGCGAAAAACAAUCUCUCGGGUACAAUUCCUGACUCAUUGAGUUCAUGCUUCUCGUUAGCAAGUUUGAACUUUUCGUCUAACCGAUUAAGUGGUGAGUUACAUUCUGGAAUGUGGUUUUUGAAGGAGCUUCAAUCGCUUGAUCUCUCGAAUAAUUUGCUUGAUGGAGAGAUUCCUGAAGGAAUUCAAAAUCUAUAUGAUUUGAGAGAGUUAAGGUUAAGGAGGAACUUUUUCACCGGUAGGAUACCGGAGAGUAUAGGAAACUGUUUACUUUUGAAGUUGAUCGAUUUCGGUGAUAAUCUUCUAACCGAUGAAAUUCCGGAGUCGAUACAAAGACUCACCUCAAGCACAUUUUUAAGUUUGCAAGGGAAUUCUCUCAAUGGAAGUAUUCCACACUGGAUAAUAGAAUUGAACAAUCUUGAGAUAUUGGAUCUUUCUUCUAAUAGAUUUUUCGGUUUGAUUCCAAAUGGUAUUGGUGGUCUUAAAAGCUUGCAAGUGUUGAAUUUUUCCAACAACAAUAUCUUUGGGUCUAUUCCAGUGAGUAUAAGAGAGCUUAAAUCUUUGUAUAUACUUGAUUUGAGUGAUAACAAGAUUAAUGGAAGCAUUCCUUGUGAAAUAGAAGGAGCAAUUUCACUUAAUGAAUUGAGGUUACAAAGAAAUUUGUUAGGUGGAAGAAUUCCAGUCCAAAUUGCAAAAUGUUCAGCACUCACAUCUAUGAAUCUUGCACACAACAAGCUUAUUGGUUCAAUCCCUUCAUCAAUUGCAGACCUAACAAAUCUUCAACAUGCAGAUUUUUCAUGGAACAAACUCACUGGAACUUUACCUAAAAAGCUCACAAAUCUUACACAUCUUUCCUCAUUCAAUGUUUCCUAUAACAAUCUUCAAGGUGAAUUACCAAUUGGUGGAUUCUUCAAAAAAAUCUCUGCUUCAUUUGUUUCUGGAAAUCCAUUGUUAUGUGGUUCUGUUCUUAACCACUCUUGUUCAUCUUAUCAUCCAAAACCUAUUGUCUUAAACCCUAAUUCAAAUUACAACAAUUCAAGAACUUCAUUACAAAACCAACAUCAUCAUCAUCAUAAGAUAAUGCUUAGUAUUUCUGUUUUUAUUGCUAUUGGUGCAGCUAUUUCUAUUGUUGUUGGUGUUAUUGUUGUUAGUUUUUUGAAUAUUCAUGUUAGGUCUUCAAAUUCACAUUCUAAUUUUCCAUUUGGAUUACCUGAUGGGAAGGACUAUAGAUCUUCGCCGGAAAAAGAUCCGAAAUGUGGAAAAGUUGUGAUGUUUAAUGGUGAUGUUGAAUUUACCGAUGAGCCGAAUAAUCUUCUUAAAGAAGGUAAUGAAAUCGGCCGCGGUGGAUUUGGAAUUGUUUAUUGUGUUGUUCUUCGAGAUCAGAAGUCUGUUGCAAUCAAGAAGCUUAUAGGUUCGAGUUUGACAAAGUUGCACGAUGAUUUUGAGGAAGAAGUUCAAAAACUUGGAAAAAUUAGGCAUCAAAAUCUUGUGGCAAUUGACGGGUAUUAUUGGAAUUCAACAUUUCAACUAAUUAUUUAUGAGUACUUUUCUAGAGGGAAUUUGCAUAAGCUUCUUCAUGAUGAUAAUAGCAAAAUUGUGUUUUCUUGGAGUGCAAGGUUCAAGGUUAUUUUAGGAAUUGCAAAAGGGUUGGCCUAUUUACACCAAAUGAACAUAAUCCAUUAUAAUAUGAAAUCUACCAAUGUUUUCAUUGAUUUUUGUGAUGAACCAAAAAUUGGAGAUUUUGGUUUGGUGAAUCUAUUGCCAACUUUAGACCAUUGUGUUUUGAGCAGCAAAAUUCAAAGUGCACUUGGAUACACGGCUCCUGAGUUUGCUUGUCGAACGGUUAACAUAACCGAAAAAUGCGACGUAUAUGGUUUUGGAAUUUUGGUUCUAGAAAUUGUGAGCGGAAAAAGACCCGUGGAAUAUAUGGAUGAUGAUGUUGUUGUUCUAUGUGACAUGGUUAGAAGUUCAUUGGAGGAUGGAAAAGUUGAGCAAUGUGUUGAUGAGAAACUUGUUGGUAAUUUUUCGCUCGAGGAAGCGAUUCCUAUGAUUAAAUUAGGGUUGGUUUGUUCAUCACAUGUACCAUCAAAUCGUCCGAAUAUGGCUGAGGUUGUUAACAUAUUAGAGACGAUUGAAUGCUCUUCGGAAGGACAACAAGAGGAAUUACAAUGAAUUUUGAAGUAUAGAGAUUGGAAUGUAACACAUAUUGCAUACUUGGUGAAGAAAACUUCAGUUUACUUGCUUUUGAAGUUAUAAAUACAUGCAAAGAAUUAAUAUUUAGUCAAUUUUGUUCUCAGCUUCUGUUUUGUUGUUUGAGUUUUUAUGAAUUGAAAGUUUCACUC